UAGCGAAAACGUCGUCCCGCGAACAUGGAAUCCAUUCUUCUGUGCUUGAAGAAAUCAUUUUUGAAGCAAAAUCACUUUUUACAAAAACAAAUCUACAUCGAAAUCCUUGAUUUUUUAACAAAUUGUGUUAGUCCCGAGGACAGGAAUCUUCUUAUUGAGCAACUUUGUCAAGGGGAUGUCAUCGCAACAUUAAAUGAAGGAUUAACAUCAAAUCUUGAGACUUUGUUGGUGAUUCUGAAGCUGCUCUGUAACAUUUCAGAAAAUCCAAAAUUCUUUGAAGGGUUUUGGGAGGUCCUGAAAAAUAUAGCAAGGGCCCUGGUGUUCCUCACAAAAUCAGCGGAGUUUCCAGAAGUGCAAGUGGAAUUUGUUGAAGUCAUGUUUAUGGUGGAAAUUCUUCUAAAAAGGUUCCAACAUAAUAUUCGGAAGCAUAAGAUCUCAGAAGAUGAUAUAUGGACCCUUAAAUCUUUGCUAAUUAUGUGUGAAUCAGUAUUUAAGAAUCCUUUUAUUAGCAAACCAUGUAAAUUCUCCGUUGUUUUAAUGCUUUCGCAAAUUCUACUGAUAUUGAAACGGCACGAGGUACUUGUCAACAAAAACCGAAAAUCUUUGGUUCAUCUAGUGUUGGAAAUAUUUUACACCGUAGCAGAGUGUUGUUUGAGCGAGUUGGAUGUUGAGAAGGGAUAUAUUGUAAACUACUUAGUCAUCAAAGUUUUGAUAAAUAUAACGAGUUUUCACACUUCCAACGAGUACGAUAGAGAUUGUUUUCUCCAAUUUCUAGUGCAUCUUUUCGAAAACUACUUUUGGAAAUUUUUAUUUGAGGAUACUAAGGAUAUACUUUUUGCGGAUUUCCUAGUGACAACAUUUAAUGAAAUUCUAUGGACAGUUUGGAAAAUUUGCAAGAAGACAGUAUUUCAAAUUUCAAGAAAAUUGUUGCAGCAGAAUGGAAUAGAACGUUUGAUCAUCUUCUUGAAGGAAACGUCUUGCAGCAAUAUUCUGAAAACUAGAACAAAACUUCUGAUUACCAUUACGGUCACUGCAGCAAUUACAAAUCAAUACGUCGGGAAGCAUGAUUCGCUUAUAUCGAAUUCACUUUUCCAUGGGGAUAUUGAACGUUUUGUAAACCUAAAACAAGUAGCAUGUAACAUAUUCAAUGACACUACAAAAAGCUUUAUCCAUAUUUUUUCUGUGAUAAUGAAACAUGGAAAAGAUAAUUGUAUUGAAUAUUUUCCGACGGUUCUUCGGAAAAUCAGUUCAAUAGUCACAUAUAUCCAAGUGAAUCGCAUUAGUAUUACACCAACAGAAUUCUGGUCGGCCUUAUCAAUUUAUCAGGUUUGCUGCACUAUGCUCGAAGAAGAGACUGUUCCAAUGGAGGUUGACCAAAAACUACUUCUUGAAGUCAAUGAAAUCUUCAAGAGUAUGUGCAACGAGGAAUUCUGCACGAUUUCUUUAAAUGAUAGCGAACAAUUGGCAUGGCUGAAGAAGUGCAAUGAAAAUUUAUUCGAGCGGAAUAUUGCAAUCUAUCUCGAUCAACGAUUACAAGAUAUUUCUAGUGAGACAAACAAAACCCUAUUAAAAUUGAUAACUCCUAGUCGAAUUUUACAUCUCGUCUUUUCCAACAGCUACAAUCAGAUUAUCAAUUCCAGCCAAAUUAUAUCACAAACAAGAUUGUCCGUUGAGGAUGAAAACUAUCUUUUAAAUUUAGCAGAUAUCAGUAAAAUAUCAGACCCCACUCAAAUCUUAGCGUUGCUUUUUAUAUUUGAGCAGAAUGUUUCUUUGCUUACAGAAACUAGCGUCCUUUUGAAAUUUUGCAACCAACUUUUGGAUAGUAAAUUGUAUUCUGGGCACAACGAAGAAUUGAAAGCUUCUUUAAUAAGAUUAAUUGCUAGAGUUAUUAUAAAGAAUCAUAAAUUGAUUGAAGUAAAUUAUUGGAUUGAAUAAAAUUAUGAAAUCGA